GGGGUUUGGGAAGCGCUUGACGGCGCUGGCCGCUAUUGGCCAGCGGGGAGGAGGCCUCGCCUCCCGCAGACGAGCAGACUGGCGGCCCAGUCAGAGCAGGCCCGCGGGUGGCCGGGCGCGGGGGGAAGAUGGCGGUGGUGGCGCCGCUGCUGGCGCUGCUGUACUCGGUGCCGGGGCUCUGCCGCUGGCUGGCGCGGCCCUACUACCCGCUCUCCGCCCUGCUUGCCACCGCCUUCCUGCUCGUCCGCAAGGUCCCGCCGCUCUGCCAUGGGCUGCCCUCACAGCGGGAGGACGGCAACCCCUGCGAUUUCGACUGGCGGGAGGUGGAGAUCCUCAUGUUCCUCAGCGCCAUCGUGAUGAUGAAGAACCGACGCUCCAUCACCGUGGAGCAGCACAUCGGGAACAUCUUCAUGUUCAGCAAAGUGGCAAAUGCCAUCCUCUUCUUCCGCCUUGACAUCCGCAUGGGCCUGCUCUACCUCACACUCUGCAUAGUGUUCCUGAUGACCUGUAAGCCCCCCCUCUACAUGGGCCCUGAGUACAUAAAGUAUUUCAGCGACAAGACCAUAGAUGAGGAGCUGGAGCGGGACAAGCGGGUGACCUGGAUCGUCGAGUUCUUCGCCAAUUGGUCCAGCGAGUGCCAGUCCUUUGCCCCCAUCUUUGCUGACCUCUCUCUCAAGUACAACUGCUCGGGGCUGCACUUUGGGAAGGUGGAUGUCGGCCGGUACACGGAUGUCAGCACCAGGUACAAGGUCAGCACCUCGCCCCUCACCAAGCAGCUACCCACCCUCAUCCUCUUCCAGGGUGGGACUGAGACCAUGCGGAGGCCGCAGAUUGACAAGAAGGGACGGGCUGUGUCCUGGACCUUCUCUGAGGAGAAUGUGAUUCGGGAGUUCAACCUCAACGAGCUCUACCAGAAGGCCAAGAAGCAGUCGAAGCCACAGGAGCAGGGGCCCGAGGAGCCCCCUGGAGCGCAGGCAGCCAUCGGGCACCUGGGGGGCGAGACUAAGAAGGAUAAGUAGAAGCUGCCCAGUGCUGUCACCCAUCACCACGUCACCAUGUCACCAGCCCCGAGGGGCCUGGCCCUCUCCCUGGCCCUGCCCGGGUCCGCUACCGGGGUUCAGGGGGGCCUUGGGCGGGCGGGGGAGCCCCCGGGCGGGCGGGGCCCUGCUGCGGGCAGGGCAGGGCAGGGCGGGAGGACAGGCCUAGCCCUCGGGUAACGCGCAUCCGCAUCGCUGACAAUAAACGGUCCGUGUAGGCCGC